AAAGCGUAUUACCAGAUUGCUGUGGAAAUGAAUGGAGAACAGCAGCAUGAGACAGAUGCAGGAUCUAUUGUGGAAGAAGCAGAGUUCAGUUGGGAUGACUACUUGGAAGAUACAGGAGCAAUAGCAGCACCUCACAGCUCAUUUAGACAUGUGGAUACUAGCCCACAAAAUGGAUUUACACCAGGCAUGAAAUUGGAGGUUGCUAUCAAACCUGGCCCUGACAAUUACUGGAUUGCCACAAUCAUCACCACAUGUGGACAGUUACUACUUUUGCGCUAUGAUGGUUAUGGAGAAGACCGCAAAGCUGAUUUCUGGUGUGAUGUCAUGACAGCCAAUUUGCAUCCCCUUGGCUGGUGUGAGCAGAACAAGAAGACCCUCAAAGUACCUGAAGGCAUUAAGGAUAAAAUUCCCAAUCAGAUAGAAUUCCUUCAGCAAACUCUGAAAGGAGCAUGCAGCCCCCCUGCUGGUCUUCUAGAAGGGCUCCAUCGAGGAAAAAAUUCUUUGGAUCUUAUCGCACCAGGGUCACGACUUGAAUGUCAGCCCUUAAGUGACUGUCUAGGAGCUUGGAUAGUCAGUGUUUUGGAAAACAUUGGUGGAAGGCUCAGGCUGCGCUAUGAAGGACUUGGAGAUGUAGAACAAUAUGACUUAUGGAUGUUCUAUUUAGAUCCCUUUCUCCAUCCAGUGGGUUGGGCAUCUCAACAAGGGUACAUCCUUGAACCUCCUUUAGCUAUUAGGCACUUGAAGACUGAGACAGAAUGGCAAGAAAUUCUAGCAAAAGUAAAAGAAGAGGAAGAAGAAUCGUUAGUGCCCACUGAUCUGUUCAAGGACAAACCUGUUGUUGGAACUCAUGCAUUUUCUAUAAACAUGAAGUUGGAAGCUAUUGAUCCAAAAGCUCCUUUUGCCAUAUCACCUGCUACAGUUACAAAGGUAUUCAAUGAUAAAUAUUUCUUGAUAGAAAUAGAUGAUUUGAGACCAGAUUGUACCACAAGUCAGCGUUUUAUUUGUCAUGUCAACAGUGCAGGACUUUUCCCUGUACAGUGGAGCCUGAAAAAUGGCUUACAUCUCAACCCUCCACCUGGUUAUCCAGGUCAAGACUUUGACUGGGCAGAUUAUCUCAAGCAAUGCGGAGCUGAGGCUGCUCCCCAAAGUUGCUUUCCUCUGUUAAAUUUUGAGCAUGGUUUUAAGGAGAACAUGAAACUUGAGGCUGUGAAUUCAGAAAACCCAGAAGAAAUCUGUGUGGCUAGUAUUACAAAGGUGAAGGAUUCCUAUCUCUGGCUCCAGUUGGAAAGUUCUAAAAUCCCAGUGCCUGAAUGCAUAGUGAGUGUGGAGUCUAUGAAUAUAUUUCCAGUUGGUUGGUGUGAAACUAAUGGAUACCAGCUUAGACCUCCUCGCAGAGCAGUAGUGAACAAGGAAAAGAAAAUUGCAGUUGUUCAACCAGAAAAACAGAUAUUAUCUUCAAGAACUGUCAAUGAAGGAUUAAAGACCCAGGAACUGAACUCAACUGACACUAUUAUAACAAAUGGUAAAUACUGUUGCCCAAAGAUCUACUUUAACCACCGAUGCUUCUCAGGACCUUAUCUUAACAAAGGGAGAAUUGCAGAACUCCCACAGUCUGUAGGACCUGGGAAUUGCGUCCUUGUUCUUAAAGAGGUAAGGGCAUCUGCAAUGCAUGGCUUAUUCAAGCCAUCGCAUGUGUAUUUCUCUGAUAUACAGAGUGUAUUUCUGUGUUUACUUUCUCCUUUCCUUAUUAAUGAAACCUUCCUUUGCUACAGAUAUAAAGGAAAGAGCUACCGGGCUACGGUGGAAGUGGUAAGAACAGCUGAUCGAGUUGCAGACUUCUGCAGGCAGACCUGCAUCAAACUGGAAUGCUGUCCAAAUCUCUUUGGCCCCCAAAUGGUGCUAGACAAAUGUUCUGAGAACUGCUCUGUUCUAACAAAAACCAAAUACACCCAUUAUUAUGGAAAGCGGAGAAACAAAAGGAUUGGCCGACCACCUAGUAUCCACAGCAACAUUGAGGCAAGCAUGAAAAAAGCAAACAGGAAAAGAAAAAAACGGAAAAACUUCUUUGUUCAUAAGAAGAAGCGAUCCUCUACCUCUGUAGAUAACACACCAGUGGGAUCACCCCAAGGAAGUGGAGGUGAAGAUGAAGACGAUCAGGAUGAGAUAGACGAGGAAUCUCUUACUGAAGACAGUACUUCUGAGCAUCAGGAAGAGCUGCUCGAGGAGUCUGAAGUAUCAGAGAAGAAAUCACAGUCCUCUUCCCCAACGCAGAGUGAGCAGUCUCAUUUUGGGGCUCCAGAUCGGGACAAACGGAAAAGAAAACUACGGACUUUUUCUUUCUCAGAUGAUGAAAAUAAGCCACCUUCACCAAAGGAAAUAAAAAUAGAAGUUGAUGAAAAAUUACAGCUGGACAGCAAUCCUCUGGAAUGGAGUGUAGCAGAUGUCGUGCGGUUCCUUAAAUCUACAGAUUGUGCACCAUUAGCUAGAAUAUUUCUGGAUCAGGAAAUAGACGGGCAGGCACUUCUCUUGCUCACUCUUCCCACGGUUCAGGAGUGCAUGGACUUGAAACUUGGCCCAGCCAUUAAACUUUGCCAUCACAUUGAAAGGGUUAAAUUUGCCUUCUACCAGCAGUUUGCCAACUAA